CAAUUACCUAAUUAUUUUCAAUAUCUGCUUUCAAAAUCAUUUAGUGUGAUCUGAGUCAGGUUCAUUGUUCCGUACGACACAUGAAACUGCUUAUUGUUUUUCAUAAGUGCCCUACAUGAAACCUCUCUCUAUACAACACUGACAAGAGGGAUAUGAAAGGGCCAGUUCCUCUUUUUUUGUGCGUUGAAGGUUCACAUCUGCUUGAUAUGUGUUUACAGGUCAAUAUAGUCAUUUGAGAAGCUGAGAUUGAACGUACGGACGGAUAUUGCUAACAAGUAAUCCACUGCAAAAGCAAGAUGACUGCUGUUUUAGUGUUGCUUAUGGUAGGGCUGGUUUCUGGCAGUAUUGUCUGUCCAGACGGGACAGAAUGUGAAGACAAAAAUACUUGCUGCCCAGCUAAGACAGGAUAUGCAUGCUGCCAAUAUCCAUCUGCUGUUUGCUGUCCAGACAAGGCCCACUGCUGUCCACAAGACUACCAGUGUGUCCUAGAGACUCAGCUGUGUGAGAAAAAGGGGCUUCCAUGGUAUAGAAACCAUCUUUCUUCUCAUAUAGCUGCAGAGGAGGAAGAGAAAAGAGCUCCUGUUGCUCUUGUGAAAGCUGACAAUCCUUCUGUCUCUGUGGUUCACUGUGACAACACCUAUACCUGCCCUGAUGGUACAACGUGCUGCAGGUCUCCUUUAGGACAGUGGUCAUGCUGCAUAUACAGUGUGGGUCAGUGCUGCCCUGACGGCAUCCACUGCUGUCCCUUUGGUUAUCGCUGUGACAGCACAUCCACCCACUGUUUUAAGGGAGCACUGAGACUUCCUGCAUCUCCACAGAUUGCUGCGAUGCAGCGCAACACCAUUCAGGAUCAGUGCUGUCAGAGUGAGACAGGUUGCUGUCCCAUCGGGUUUCACUGUGACGAGGAAGUCUGCAUUAGUGACUUUGACAAGACUGCAUGAUUGACUUUGAUUUUCUUUAAACAGAAGGCUAGGUCCAGAAAAAAAAGCAAUAAUCAUUUACUGUAUUUUACUUGAGCAACAAGUGUAUUACUUUAUUAUGCUCCAUGGUUAAAAAUUUCUUAUGCCACAAUAAACAGGAACAGUUACACUGAAUUUUAUUAAGUUCUCAUUUUGAAGAAACAAGAAAUAAAUUACAAAAAUAAAUGACUGAAAAUGAGUCAAAAAUGUAAAUGCAAAUGAUGCAAGUAGAAAUUAAUCUUAAAAAAUGUUAUGCACAAAAUUGUAUGCGCAUUAUUUCUAGUUUAUGAUGCUUUAUCGAAUGCGGCAUAAUAUUCAAUAAGUUCUGUCUUUAUUAAUUUUUAUUUUAUUUCUGAUAUUUUUUAUUUCUCUAUUAAUUAUCAUUUUCUGUUAUUUCGUUUUUGGUUUUUUUUAAAAAUCCUUUUUAUUCUUUACAUCAAUAUCUGUUCAUUUAUGCAUUACUUUCUCUUUAUGAUAAUGAGACAAAUAGCCUAUGCCAGGGGUUCCCAAACUUUUCCAGCGCAAGGCCCCCCAAAUAGCAUUAACGUUUGACCGAGGCCCCUCUUUUGCAAGAUGUCUUUAAAACACAUUAAAAAUACAGACUUCUGAAUAUAUCCCCCUUUUUUAAAUUAAUAAUUACAUCUUACAUCUUUACAUUACAUUACAUUAGGAAUUGAUUGAUUGUGUGUGUGUGUGUGUGUGUGUGUGUGUGGUGGUCUGAAAAAAAAUCAUGUAAAAAACAUCAUGUAUUUAUUUAUUUUUCACACCAAAUUGUUGAGGUCCCCCGGGCGCCCCCUAGCGGCCGCCACUUUGAAAACCACUGGCCUAUGCCACCGCGCCUUAUUGCUCACAGAUAUUAUAUUGUGCAGGAGACACAUAACUACGGAAGCCCUAAGCGGCCAUACAUUAUUACUUUUUUUCCGUUGUUUUCUCGUGAUCUCGACUUCAUUUUCUCGUGAUCUCGACAUAAUAAAAGUUGUUUUCUUGUUA